GUUUGUAAGUUUUCAUGAGAAGCUCUUGUCGUUUGGUCUUUCGCGGUGAAAAAAGAGGGGAAAAAAGGGGGUGAAAAGGGGGGGAAGGGAAAACAAAAGGCUCAGUUCGCUUACACAAGUGCCCGUGUAUAGGUCGACAAGUCGACGCUCGGCUAUGCCGCCAUUCAGGGCCUGUUCGAAGAGACUGGUGUCAGACAAGCCCGGUACAACAACCUGAACACGAUGUUCUACGUCGGAUACCUGGCAUUCCAACGGCCCGGCCACUACCUGAUGCAAAAGCUGCCUUUCGGCAAGUACGUCGCCGUCACCAUCUCCGCCUGGUCCGUCAUCAUCUUCCUGCACUCUGCGUCGCGACGCGCUACGCCGGCCUCGUCGUACCGGCGAUGGAGAUCACGAUCGGCAUGUUCUUGAACCGCCACGAGCAUUCCUUCCUGCAGCCCGCCCUCUGUAUCACCUGCCAGGCCGCCCCCGUCGUCACGGGCUUCCUCUCCGCGGCGGGCGGCGUCGCCAUGGUGACCAUCGACUGGGGGUCCAAGACGGCGCUGCUGGGGUCCCUGAACCCGGCGGCGAGCACGUACGGCGUGACGUACAUUAUCGCGCUGGGCUGGACGACGUCGACGGCGGCCGGGUACACCAAGAGGCUGACGCGCAACGUCAUGUUCAUGCUGGGCUACAGCGCCGGCAACCUCGUGUCGCCGCAGAUCUGGGCGCCGAGCAGCGGGCCGCGGCAGGUGGGCGGGGACGGCGAGGUCGUCGGGGUCAAGGUCGACAUUGCUGUCUUGGACCUGACGGACUUGCAGAAUAAGCAGUUCUUGUACCCUCUGUGAGGAAGGGUUUCAAAGAUCGGGAAGAUGGCGGCGGCGGGGGGUUUCGUUGGAAAUAGAUGAAGGAAGAGGGACGCUUUAUACUUCACUCUCCCCGUACUAGGUUAUAAGAAACACUCCGCCGG